CCAAACACAUUGAGUUACGACACGCCCCGCCCAUUGCGCCGCCCCAAAGACGCUCGCUUACUGCAUCACGACUACAAUGCGCUCAUAAGGCAGGCACGCGACGCUGCGCAUCCACUCGCUCCUUCUCCCUUUUCACGUGCCUCGAUGGCCUCGCGAGGCAAUGGCUCGCCGUCACGCGGCAGGUCCACGAGCCCGCGUCCGCUGCGGCCGCAGGAGGACAUGGACUACGACUCUGACGCCAGCUUGAUGGACAAUCUGCCAGACACCCGCCACUUGCAAGCAUUUGGCAGGAAGGUCACCGCGACCGCAGGCAGCUUGAUCGGCGCAGAAGGCGUCAGCCAACACUACCAGAACGCAUUAGGAGAGCUCCACAAGGAACUUCGCCGGCCGAUGUUGCAACGCUCUGUCUUCUCCUUCGCCCAGACAACCCCACGCGAGCUUGUGCGCUCCAGGAUAUCAGUUCCCGAGAUCCAGCAUCGCGCCCUUACAUUUCUCCCCGACGAACUGCUCGCGAAUAUACCCGAGGACAACAACUCAUACUCGCUGUUCCAAGGCUUUCAAGCCUCCCUGCCGGAGGAGAAGGGUUCAAUCGGCCAGAAGCAUGGCAAGCACAACUCAAAGGGGCAGAGGCUUAUCGGCGCGGCAGUCGAGGAAGACGAGAACGCAAACUUGCCGCCGUCUAUGCGCAAGCUCAAGAAUCAGAAGCACAGCAUGGGGCACAAGCUGGAGAUGAUGGGCGUGAGGAAGCACAUGUGCGCGGCGGAGAUCCACGAGAUAGACAACAAGAUCGCAAACUUGAACACGAUGCGCAAGAUCGUGCUAGACAGGCUAGCAGGCAUCGAAAUGGAAGAGGCGGAGAUUGAGCACGAGCUGCUGGACGUGGACAACCGAAUCGAGGAUUUGCAAGAAGAGCUAGAUGAUGCUGCGGCUUUGGCACCAAAGUCUCCCAAUACCCCAACAAUUGGCGCGAGUGCAGAAGAAGCUGCAGAAGCUGGAGAUGACUUCAUGUCCGAGUCCAUCUACCAGAAGAUUCCUUCGCCGAAGAGCAAACGCAAGAGGGUUACACGCCGCAUAUCGAUGCCAAUCCUACAUGAGCACCUGGAGCCAGGCUCAAAGAUCAAGGAGCUACCCGCGCACCAGGACAUUAUAACCGCGUUGGAUUUCGACGCUCCUUGGGGCACGUUGGUCACUGCAUCUUUGGACGACACUGUGCGAGUCUGGGACCUGAACGCUGGUCGCUGCAUAGGAAUGCUUGAGGGUCAUUUGUCAUCGGUGCGCUGCUUGCAGGUGGAAGACAACAUUGUUGCGACCGGUUCCAUGGAUGCCAGCAUCCGUCUAUGGGAUCUGAGCAAAGCGGAAUAUGCACCGCAAGACAACCGGAUAAACAAGGACGGCGAAGACGAGGAAGACGAGGAAGACGACGGACUUGGAUUCGGAAAUGCAGAAGAUGCGCCUCCCCCGCCACCGGCUACUAUCAUGCAGGACGUACCGCUAUUCUCACUCCAAUCUCACGUCGACGAAGUCACUGCUUUGCAUUUCCGAGGAGACACGCUUGUGUCUGGCUCGGCCGAUAAGACAUUGAGGCAAUGGGAUCUGGUAAAGGGACGCUGUGUGCAAACUCUCGAUGUACUGUGGGCGGCUGCUCAGGCUAACGCAACGACCACGGCAAGCAGCGGACAAUGGCGACAGACUGGAAGGGUCACGGAUGCAAGUGCCGACUUCGUAGGUGCUGUCCAAGUUUUCGAUGCGGCUCUGGCAUGCGGCACUGCAGAUGGCAUGGUACGAUUGUGGGAUCUACGAAGUGGCCAAGUACAUCGCAGUUUAGUCGGCCACACUGGCCCAGUUACUGCUCUACAAUUUGAUGAUGUACACCUCAUCACUGGUAGUGCAGACAGGAGCAUAAGGAUUUGGGAUCUUCGAACAGGUUCGAUACACGAUGCAUAUGCAUACGACCACCCCGUGACCAGCAUGAUGUUCGACGCACGCCGCAUUGUCACGGCAGCCGGCGAGGACGUGGUUAAGGUAUACGAUAAGACUGACGGUCGCCACUGGAACUGUGGCCCUGGCGUUGGUGCGGACGAGGAUGCUUCUAGCUUGUCUGUCAUUGAACAUGUACGAAUAAAGGAGGGUUACAUGGUAGAAGGCCGUAGGAACGGUACUGUCGGAGUCUGGUCGUGUUGAGGGUUGUACAUUUGGAACACAUGGAUAAAUAUGCGGGGCAUAGAUGGAGCAUGCUUGUAUUACUCCUAUACCGAUCAUUCUAUCAUUUAUCCAAUUGUGUAAACGAG